AUGAAAUAUUUAGUGCUCUUUGCUUUAGUACUUUUGACAAUCGCAGUAAAUGACAAUCAGACAAAACAAAAAUCAAUUGAGGAACAACAUCCUUCUCUUUUUAGAGCAUUAAAAAACAUGGCAUUAUUACAAGAGCAAUCAUAAUAAUUGGACUACUCUCGUUUGAUCAAUGCCAUCAAUGAUCUUGAAUCUGAAAUUGCACAAAAUAAGGAAGAUGAAAAUGCUUCAUUCAACAAGGACUUUUUAUCCAACAAUGCAGAUUAAGAAUUUUAUGAAAAUCAAAUCACACAAUAUCAAGUUGAAGUGGCUCAACACGAAGUUGAUUUGGCUGAUCUUACAGAAGCUAGAAACUCAUUACAAUCACUAUUAAAUGAUUCAAUCAAGGAACAAUAGGAUGUUACACUCUUAAGAAAUUAAUUGGAUCAAUAGAUAAAGACUGAUGCUGCUAAUACUGCUGCCUAAUUAUAAGAGUUUGAUGAUUCAGCAGCUGCAAUUGACGAAGCCCUUAACUUGUUGACUUCCUUGAAGAAUGCUGAUAGUUUGGCACAAGUCAAUGACAAAUUGAAGACUCAUUUGAGUAAACAAAAGGUUUUCUUCCAACCCUUGAUCGUUGCUCUUACUGAUAUUGCUUAAUCCAAUUUCGCAAACCAAGAAUUGAUCAGCAAAGUCACUAAUCUUCUAAAUUAAUUGAGAACUUCACUCUUAGAAAGCAGAUUACAAUUGGUUGUUUCAUCUUAAGGAUUGGAAGCAUUGAAUAAGGAGUUGUUGGGCACUUACGAUGAUAAAUUGAAUGUGUUAUCCACAGUUGUCUUACCAGAUUUGAGAGAGAACAUUGAAAUCAAGGAUGCUGAAAUCAAGGCCAAGUCUAAUUUACUCAAUGAUGCCAAAUCCAAUUUGUAGGAUGCUCAAGAUAACUUGAAAGCCACUUAGGAUGCUUGGAUCGUGAGAGCUAAUUUGAACUCUAAAUUAGUAUAAUAGUAUGAUAAUGAUCUAUCACUUAUUCAAUAAGUCAAAUAAAGUUUUGAUAGGGCAGGUAUCAAAUAAUGAUUGAAUAACAAUAAUAAUUAUACAAUAUUCAUUAUCCAUUUUAAUA